ACCUUUCAGUUCUAAGCCUUCCACUAGUCAGAAGAAACCAAAGUGGAUACCUGAGGCUUUCAUGUUCCAAAGUCAAGACAAGAUAUCCUCAGUCCAUUGGGUUGUGUUCGUUCCAGGAGUGCUGUGGUAUAUCAGUUGUUUGGAACUCAGAAUGUAUUUUCUUAGAGAAAGUAUCCUUUUAAAUAAGGCACAUAAAUUCUUGUAAUUCCUGAUAUAACUGAUAUGUGUAUAUUUGCACUGAAAGCAGUAAAAAGCAAGCAAAAACGUGACAGCACUCUGGCACUGCUAAUAAAGUAAUUUAAAACAAUGAAACUGAAUAUAUACUGAUCCCCAAAAACAGGCCUGGAGAGGAUUCUGGGAAGAUGGAGUAGGAGGCAUCAGGAGUCUGCCUCCCCACCUAGAUAACAAAUACAGUGGCAGAAUCUGAUGUAACUAUUUUGGAACUAUGGAGCUGUUGAAGACUUGCAACUGUCAGGAAAAGGCUCAGAUGUAAAAUUGCAGCCAUUCUCUGCUGCCACCUUUGUGCAGCUCUCACACAGCUUUUGGAGCCAGUGGAGGCAGAAAGUACCCUCUUCUCCAAAUAUCAAGGAUCUGUACCUGGAUCAGAGAUGCUGCUUCUGGUCAGAGAGGUGCAGACAAAGAGGUGGGCAGCUAUUGUUGUUGCACAUACCCUAUUGUUGCAAGCCCCUCCCCCACCUGCUAAAGUGACUUCCAGGAAAUUUAAAAGACGGGCACCCUUAUAUGAUCCAGCAAUCUCACUCCUGGCUGUAUAUCCAGAGAAAACUCUAAUUCAAAAAGAUACAUGAACCCCAAUGUUCAGAGCAGCACUAUUUACAAUAACCAAGAUGUAUAAGCAACCUAAAUGUCCAUCGACAGAUGAAUAGAUAAAGAAGGUGUGGUAUAUAUAAACAAUGGCAUACUACUGAGCCAUAAAAAAGAAUGACAUAAUGCCAUUUGCAGCAUCGUGGAUGAACCUAGAGAUUAUCAUACUAAGUGAAGUAAAUCAAAAAGAGAAAGAUAAAUCCCAUAUGAUACCACUUAUAUGUGGAAUCUAAAAUAUGGAACCACCUCAGCAUAUUGAAAGCUGUAUAUUGUGGGAGUCCUAGAAAGAGAAGAGAGAGAGAGAAAGGAGCAGAGAGAACUUUUGAAGAAAUAAUGGUUUAAAACUUCCCAAAUUUGAUGAAAAACAUGAACAUAAACAUCCAAGGAGCUCAUUGCACUCCAAGUAAGAUUAAGUCAAAGAGACAUAGAGCAAGACACAUUAUAAUCAACCUUCCAAAAGACAAAGACCAGGAAUCUUGAAAGCAGCAAGAAGAAAGCUAAUCAUCACAUACACGGGAUUCUCAGUAAGAUUAUUAGCAUAUUGCUCAUCAGAAACUUCAGAGGCCAGGUGGCAGUGGGCUGCUAUAUUCAAAGUGCUAAAAGAAGAAAAGUCUGUCCAUCAAGAAUCCUGUUAUCUGGCAAAACUGUCCUUCAAAAGUUAAGUGAGAAAUUAAGACAUCCCCAGGUAAACAAAAGCUGAGGGAGUUCAUUACCACUAGACCUGCCCUGCAAGAAAUGCGCAAGAGAGUUCUGCAAGGUGAAACGAAAGGACUCUAGACAGUAACUAGAAGUUGUGUGGAGAAAUAAAGAUCUCAAUAAAGGUAAAUACAGCGGGAAUUAUAAAAGCUAGUACUAUUGUAACAAAGAUUUAUGAUUUUUUAUUUUCUACAUGACUUAAAAGAUUAAUACAUUUAAAGGAAAAAAAUUAUUAGUAUAAAAGCUCAUGUUGUUGUAACAUUUUCUGGGAUAGAACAUAUGUUAGGCCACAAAUUAAGUCUCAAAAGAUUUUAAAAGAUAGAUAGCAUACAAAGUAUCAUCUCCAGCUACAAGAGGAUGAAGUUAGAAAUCAACAACAGAAGGAAAACUGGAAAAUUCACAAAACUGUGGGAAUUAAACAACAUACUUUUUUUUUUAACAUCUUUAUUGGAGUAUAUAAUUGGUUUACAAUGGUGUGUUAGUUUCUGCUUUAUAACAAAGUGAAUCAGUUAUACAUAUGUUCCCGUAUCUCUUCCCUCUUGUGUCUCCCUCCCUCCCACCCUCCCUAUCCCACCCCUCUAGGUGGUCACAAAGCACCGAGCCGAUCUCCCUAUGCUAUGCGGCUGCUUCCCACUAGCUAUCUGUUUUACAUUUUGUAGUGUAUAUAUGUCCAUGCCACUCUCUCACUUUGUCACAGCUUACCCUUCCCCCUCCCCAUAUCCUCAAGUCCAUUCUCUAGUAAGUCUGUAAACAACAUACUUUUAAACAACCAAUCAAAGAAGAAAUCACAAGGGAAAUUAGAAAAUACUUAGAGACCAAAGAAAAUGAAAACACAGCACGCCAAAACUUAUAGGACACAAUGAAAGCAGUUCUAAGGGGAUUUUUGUAGUUAUAAAUGCUUAUGUUAAAAAAAUAAGAAAGAUCUCUAGCUUUAUAACUUAAGGAACUAGAAAAAAACAAACUAAAACCAAAGCUAGCGGAAGGAAAUAAUAAAGGUUAAAGGAGAGAGAAAGGAAAUAGAGAAUAGAAAAACAAAGUCAGUGAACCAAAAGUUUGUUCUUUGAAAACAUCAACAAAAUUGACAAAUUUUUGGCUAGGUAGACUAAGAAAAUAGGAGGAAAGACUCAAAUUACUAAAAUCAGAAGUGAAAGUGGUGACAUCACUAUCAAGUCUACUGAAAUAAAAAGGAUUAUAAGAGAGUACUAUGAACAAUUGUAUGCCAACAAAUUGAAGAACCUAGAUGAAAUGGACAAAUUCCUAGAAAUACAAAACCUACCAAGACUAAAUCACAAUAGACCUAUAAGGUAAGGAGAUUGAAUCAGUAAUAAAAAAAUCUCUUGAGUAGGAAAGCCCUGGCUUGGGACCUCACUGGUGGUCCAGUGGCUAAGACUCCACGCUCCCAAUGCAGGGGGCCCGGGUUCAAUCCCUUGUCAGGGAACUGGAUCCCACAUGCCGCAACUAAGAGUCUCCAUGUCACAACUAAGAGUUCACAUGCCGCAACUAAAAAAGAUCCCACAUGCCAUAACUAAAAGAUCCCAUGUGCUGCAGCUAAGACGCAGUACAGCCAAAUAAAUAAAUAAAUAUUUUUUAAAAAAAGAAAGAAAGAAGGAAAAGAAAAGACCUGGCUUCACCAGUGAAUUCUGCUAGUUAAAGAACUACUAUCAGUCCCUGUCAAACUUUUCCAAAAUAUUGAAGAGGAGAGAACACUUCCUAAUUCAUUCUAUGAGGCCAGCAUUACCCUGAUAACAAAGUCAGACAAAGACAUUACAAGAAAAGAAAACUACAGACCAAUAUCUCUUGUAAACAUUGAUUCCAAAAUCUUCAACAAAAUGCUAGCAAACUGAAUUCAUCCACAUAAUAAGGGGAUUAUAUACCAUGGUAAAGUGGGAUUUCUUUUUCGAAUGCAAGGAUGGUACAACAUGAAAAUUGAUCAGUGUAAUACACCACAUUAACAGAAUGAAGGAAAAAAACACAAUCAUCUCAAUUGAUGCAGAAAAAGCAUUUGACAAAGUUCAACACCUUUUCAAGAUAAAAGCAUUAAAAAAAACUAGGCAUAGAUGGAAACCACCUCAAUAUAAUGAAAGCUAUAUAUGAAAAACCCACAGCAGACAUCAUUCUCAAUAGUAAAAGACUGAAAGCUUUUCCCCUAAGAUCAGGAACAAGGCAAGGAUGCCCACUUUCACGACUUUUAUUUAACAUGGUAGUGGAAGUUCUAGCCAGAGCACUUAGGUAAGAAAAAGAAAUAAAAGUUAUCCAAAUUGAGAAGAAAGAAGUAAAAUAAUCUGUUUGCAGGUAAGAUGAUCUUAUAUGUGGGAAACCCUAAUGAUUCCACAGAAAAAAUACUUUCAGAACUAAUAAAUGGAUUCAACUAAGUAGCAGGAUACAAACUCAAAAUGUAAAAGUUAGUUGCAUUUCUGUACAUCACAAUGAACAAUCUGAAAAGGAAAUUACAAAAACAGUUCCUUUUACAGUGGCAUCAAAAGGAAUAGAAUACUUAGGAAUUAAAAAACGUAUACAAUGAAAACUGCAAAAUACUGCUGAAGAAAUUGAAGACAUAAAUAAACACAUCUGAUAUUCAUGGAUUAGAAGAUACAAUAUUAUUAAAAUAUCAGUGCUAUCCAAAGAGGUUUACAGAUUCAUUGCAAUACCUGUCAAAAUCCCAAUGAUGUUUUUUUCAAAAACAGGAAAACCUAUCCUGAAAUUCAUAUGGAAUCUCAGGACCCUGGAUAGGCAAAACAGUCUUAAAACUGGAUUACUCACAAUUCUUGAUUUCAAAACUUACAACAAAGCCACAUAAUCAAAACAGUGUGGUACUGGCAUAAAUACAGACAUACAGACCAGUGGAAUAGAACAGAGAACCCAGAAAUAAACCCUCACAUAUGUGGUAAAAUAAGUUUUGAAAAGGGUACGAAGACCAUUCAGUGGGGAAACAAGUCUUCAACAAAUGCUUCUGGGACAACUCAGUAUCUGCAUGCAAAAGAUUAACUUGGACCUUUACCUAACACCAUAUACAAACAUUAACUCAAAUUGGAUCAAAGACCUAAAUAUAAGACAAAAAACAGUGAGAUUCUUAGAAGAAAACAUAGGGCAAAAGCUUCACAACAUGGAUUUGGCAGUGCUUUCUUGGAUGUGACACCAAAAGCACAGGCAUCAGAGCAAAAGUAGACAAAUUGGACUUAAUGAAAAAAAAAUUUUUUACUUCAAAAGAUACUAUCAACAGAGUGAAAGAGGCAACCACAGAAUGGGAGAAAAUAUUUGCAAAUCAUAUAUUUGAUAACGGAUUAAUAUCCAGAAUAUAUAGAGAACUUAUGCUAAAAGUCAACAGCAAAAGGACAGCCUGAUUCAAAAAUGGGCAAAGGACUUGAAUAGACAUUUCUCUAAAAAAGAUAUACUGUGGAAAACAGUAUGGAAGUUUCUCAAAAAAUUAAUAAAGUAGAACCACCAUAUGAUUCAGCAGUACCACUUCUGGGUAUGUAUCCAAAAUAAUUGAAAGCAGGGUCUCGGAGAGAUAUUUGUUCAUCCAUGUUCAUAGCAGCAUUAUUCCAAUAGCCAGAACAUAGAUAAAUGUCCAUUGACAGACGGAUGGAUUAGCAAGUGUUGGUAUAUAUUCAGUGGAAUAUUUUUCAGUCUUAAAAAGGAAAGGAAUUCUGACACAUGUUACAGCAUGGAUGAACUGUGAAGACAUUAUGCUAAGUGAGUUAAGACAGGCACAAACUGAUAAAUAGUGUACAAUCUCAGUUAUAUGAGGUAUUUAGAAUAGUCAAACUCAUGAAAACAGAAAGUAGAAUGGUGGUUGCCAGAAUUUGGGCAGAGGGGAAAUGAGUUGUUAUUUAAUGGGUAUACAGUUUCAUUUCUGCAAAAUGAAAAAGUCCUUGAGAUUGGUUGCACAAUAUUGAAUAUAUUUAACACUACUAAACUGUAUGCUUAAAAAUGGGUAAGAUUGGGCUUCCCUGGUGGUGCAGUGGUUGAGAGUCUGCCUGCCGAUGCAGGGGACAUGGGUUCGUGCCCCAGUCCGGGAAGAUCCCACAUGCCGCGGAGCGGCUGGGCCCGUGAGCCAUGGCCACUGAGCCUGCGCAUCCAGAGCCUGUGCUCCGCAACUGGAGAGGCCACAACAGUGAGAGGCCUGCAUACCGCAAAAAAAAAAAAAAAAAAAAAAAAAAAAAAAAAAAGAUGGUAAAUUUUAUAUGUAUUUUACCACAAUUUUAAAAAUUAGAAAAAAGAAAAAAAAGAUCUGAAGGUGAGAAAGAGUUUCUAACAGGAUUUUUAAUAUUUUCAAGAGCUUUAUAGAUUGGCACACUGAUUCUUUUGUAUGUUUAACUUCAUUUCAAAGCUUUUCCUUGAUAUAGGAUUAUAGAUGGAUUACUCUCACUUCUCUUAAUCACAUUUACUAUGAAUAAACUCAUUUCAGGAUAGGAGUUGUGGGAUGCUUACAAGAGGAACAAAUAAAAAGAGGAAGAGAGAUUUUUCUUAGUCAAUUGGCUAAAAUCUCUUGAGAGAGCUACACGAACAUCACAUAAGAGAAAUGAUUUAUGGUAGAAUUACCUGGACAGUUUUAUAAGCCAGAGACAAAGCAUGAUAUAUGCUUCUGGAGAAAAAAAAAAGCUGUGCUAAGGAAAAGGCAGUGGGUUGCUGCCCACCCUAAUAUGGGGUGUAGCAUCAGCUCACAAGGGGUGUAAGCAAACACCUGGCUGAACCGCUGAUUUUAUAUACAGGUUAUAAGUCCAGAACGAAAAAUUUUGUUUGUGUGUGGGUUCAUGGUUUUGGAAAUGUUCAUUUUGGGUAUCAGUCAUAUUUGUUAACUCAAGUUAAUAUAUAGAUUAAAAUGAGACUAUUUGGAGGUCAGACAGCAGAAGCAAGAAGAACUACAAUCCUGCAGCCUGUGGAACAAGAACCAAGAGACAAGAUGGAACAAGAGACAAGAUGAAAAGGCAGAGGACUAUGUACCAGAUGAAGGCAGAGGGCUAUGUACCAGAUGAAGGAACAAGAUAAAACCCCAGAAAAACAACUAAAUGAAGUGGAGAUAGGCAACCUUCCAGAAAAAGAAUUCAGAACAAUGAUAGUGAAGAUGAUCCAGGACCUCAGAAAAACAAUGGAGGCUAAGAUCGAGAAGAUGCAAGAAAUGUUUAACAAAGACCUAGAAGAAUUAAAGAACAAACAAACAGAUGAAGAAUACAAUAACUGAAAUGAAAACUACACUAGAAGGAAUCAAUAGCAGAAUAACUGAGGCAGAAGAACGGAUAAGUGACCUGGAAGACAGAAUAGUGGAAUUCACUGCUGUGGAACAGAAUAAAGAAAAAAGAAUGAAAAGAAAUGAAGACAGCCUAAGAGACCUCUGGGACAACAUUAAAUGCAACAACAUUCACAUUAUAGGGGUCCCAGAAGGAGAAGAGAGAGAGAAAGGACCCAAGAAAAUAUUUGAAGAGAUUACAGUCGAAAACUUCCCUAACAUGGGAAAGGAAAUAGCCACCGAAGUGCAGGAAGCACAGAGAGUCCCAUACAGGAUAAACCCAAGGAUAAACACGCCUAGACACAUAGUAAUCAAAUUGGCAAAAAUUAAAGACAAAGAAAAAUUAUUGAAAGCAGCAAGGGAAAAAUGACAAAUAACAUACAAGGGAACUCCCAUAAGGUUAACAGCUGAUUUCUCAGCAGAAACUCUACAAGGCCGAAGGGAGUGGCAUGAUGAAAGGGAAGAACCUACAACCAAGAGUACUCUACCCAGCAAGGAUCUCAUUCAGAUUCGAUGGAGAAAUCAAAAGCUUUACAGACAAGCAAAAGCUAAGAGAAUUCAGCACCACCAAACCAGCUCUACAACAAAUGCUAAAGGAACUUCUCUAAGUGGGAAACACAAGAGAAGAAAAGGACCUACAAAAACAAACCCAGAACAAUUAAGAAAAUGGUCAUAGGAACAUACAUAUCGAUAAUUACCUUAAACGUGAAUGGAUCAAAUGCUCCAACCAAAAGCCACAGGCUUGCUGAAUGGAUACAAAAACAUGACCCAUAUAUAUGCUGUCUACAAGAGACCCACUUCAGACCUAGUGACACAUUCAGACUGAAAGUGAGGGGAUGGAAAAACAUAUUCCAUGCAAAUGGAAAUCAAAGCUGGAGUAGCAAUAGUCAUAUCAGAUAAAAUAGACCUUAAAAUAAAGAAUGUUACAAGAGACAAGGAUGGACACUACAUAAUGAUCAAGGGAUCAAUCCAAGAAGAAGAUAUAACAAUUAUAAAUAUAUAUGCACCCAACAUAGGAGCACCUGAAUACAUAAGGCAACUGCUAACAGCUGUAAAAGAGGAAAUCGACAGUAACACAGUAAUAGUGGGAGACUUUAACACCUCACUUACACCAAUGGACACAUCAUCCAAAAUGAAAAUAAAUAAGGAAACACAAGCUUUAAAUGACACAAUAGACUAGACAGAUUUAAUUGAUAUUUAUAGGACAUUGCAUCCAAAAACAGCAGAUUACACUUUCUUCUCAAGUGCGCACGGAACAUUCUCCAGGAUAGAUCACAUCUUGGGUCACAAAUCAAGCCUCAGUAAAUUUAAGAAAAUUGAAAUCAUAUCAAGCAUCUUUUCUGGCCAACGCUAUGAGCUUAGAAAUGAAUUACAGGGAAAAAAACAUAGAAAACACAAACACAUGGAGGCCGAACAAUACAUUACUAAAUAACCAGUAGAUCACUGGAGAAAUCAAAGAGGAAAUCAAAAAAUACCCAGAGACAAAUGACAAUGAAAACACGAUGAUCCAAAACCUAUGGGAUGCAGCAAAAGCAGUUCUAAGAGGGAAGUUUAUAGCUAUACAAGCGUAGCUCAAGGAACAAGAAAAAUCUCAAAUAAACAAUGUAACCUUACACCUACAGGAACUAGAGAAAGAAGAACAAAGAAAACCCAAAGUCAGUAGGAGGAAAGAAAUCAUAAAGAUGAGAGCAGAAAUAAAUGACAUAAAAGCAAAGAAAACAGUAGCAAAGAUCAAUAAAACUAAAAGCUGGUUCUUUGAGAAAAUAAACAAAAUUGAUAAACUAUUAGCCUGACUCAUCAAGCAAAAGAGGUAGAGGUCUCAAAUCAAUACAAUCAGAAAUGAAAAAGAAGUUACAACAGACACCACAGAAAUACAAAGCAUCCUAAGAGACUACUACAAGCAACUCUAUGCCAAUAAAAUGGACAACCUGGAAGAAAUGGACAUAUUCUUAGAAAGGUGUAACCUUCCAAGACUGAACCAGGAAGAAAUAGAAAACAUGAACAGACAAAUCACAAGUAAUGAAAUUGAAACUGUGAUUAAAAAUCUUCCAACAAACAAAAGUCCAGGACCAGAUAGCAUCACAGGUGAAUUCUAUCAAACGUUUAGAGAAGAGCUAACACCCAUCCUUCUCAAACUCUUCCAAAAAAUUGCAGAGGAAGGAACACUCCCAAACUCAUUCUAUGAGGCCACCAUCACCCUGAUACCAAAACCAGACAAAGAUACUACAAAAAAAGAAAAUUGCAGACCAAUAUCACUGAUGAAUAUAGAUGCAAAAAUCCUCAACAAAAUACUAGCAAACAGAAUCCAACAAAACAUUUAAAGGAUCAUACACCAUGAUCAAGUGGGAUUUAUCCCAGGGAUGCAAGGAUUCUUCAAUAUAUGCAAAUCAAUCAAUGUGAUACAGCAUGUUAACAAAUUGAAGAAUAAAAACCAUAUGAUCAUCUCAAUAGAUGCAGAAAACGCUUUUGACAAAAUUCAACACCCAUUUAUGAUAAAAACUCUCCAGAAAGUGGGCAUAGAGGGAACCUACCUCAACAUAAUGAAGGCCAUAUAUGACAAACCCACAGCAAACAUCAUUCUCAAUGGUGAAAAACAAAGCAUUUCCUCUAAGAUCAGGAACAAGACAAGGAUGUCCAAUCUCGCCACUGUUAUUCAACACAGUUUUGGAAGUCCUAGCCAUGGCAAUCAGAGAGGAAAAAGAAGUAAAAGAAAUACAAAUUGCAAAAGAAGAAGUAAAACUGUCACUGUUUGCAGAUGACAUGAUACUAUACAUAGAGAAUCCUAAAGAUGCUACCAGAAAACUACUAGAGCUAAUCAAUGAAUUUGGUAAAGUUGCAGGAUACAAAAUUAAUGCACAGAAAUCUCUUGCAUUCCUAUACACUAAUGAUGAAGAAUCUGAAAGAGAAAUUAAGGAAACACUCCCAUUUACCAUUGCAACAAAAAGAAUAAAAUACCUAGGAAUAAACCUACCUAGGGAGACCAAAGGUCUGUAUGCAGAAAAUUAUAAGACACUGAUGAAAGUAAUUAAAGAUGAUACCAACAGAUGGAGAGAUAUACCAUGUUCUUGGAUUGGAAGAAUCAAUAGUGGGAAAAUGACUAUACUACCCAAGCAGUCUACAGAUUGAAUGCAAUCCCUAUCAAAUUACCAAUGGCAUGUUUUAUGGAACUAGAACAAAAAAUCUUAAAAUUUGUAUGGAGACGCAAAAGACCCCAAAUAGCCAAAGCAAUCUUGAGGGGAAGAAACGGAGCUGGAGGAAUCAGACUACCUGACUUCAGACUAUACUAUAAAGCUACAGUAAUCAAGACAAUAUGGUACUGGCACAAAAACAGAAACAUAGAUGAAUGGAACAAGAUAGAAAGCCCAGAAAUAAACCCACGCACCUAUGGUCAACUAAUCUAUGACAAAGGAGGCAAGGAUAUACAGUGGAGAAAAGACAGUCUCUUCAAUAAGUGGUGCUGGGAAAACUGGACAGCUACAUGUAAAAGAAUGAAAUUAGAACACUCCCUAACACCAUACACACACAAAAAAAACUCAAAAUGCUUUAGAGACCUAAAUGUAAGACCAGACACUCUAAAACUCUUACAGGAAAGCAUAGGAAAAACACUCUUUGACAUAAAUCACAGCAAGAUCUUAUUUGAUCCACCUCCUAGAGUAAUGGAAAUAAAAACAAAAAUAAACAAAUGGGACCUAAUGAAACUUAAAAGGUUUUGCACAGCAAAGGAAACCAUAAACAAGAUGAAAAGACAACCCUCAGAAUGGGAGAAAAUAUUUGCAAACGAAUCAACAAAGUAUUAAUCUCCAAAAUAUAUUAACAGUUCAUGCAGCUCAAUAUUAAAAAAACAAACAACCGAAUCCAAAAAUGGGCACAAGACCUAAAUAGACAUUUCUCCAAAGAACACAUACAGAUGGCCAAGAAGCACAUGAAAAGCUGCUCAACAUCACUAAUUAUUAGAGAAAUGCAAAUCAAAACUACAAUGAGGUAUCACCUCACACCAGUUAGAAUGGGCAACAUCAGAAAGUCUACAAACAACAAAUGCUGGAGAGGGUGUGGAGAAAAGAGAACCCUCUAGCACUGUUGGUGGGAAUGUAAAUUGAUACAGCCACUAUGGAGAACAGUGUGGAGGUUCCUUAAAAAACUAAAAAUAGAACUACCAUACGACCCAGCAAUCCCACUACUUGGCAUAUACCCAGAGGAAACCGUAAUUCAAAACAACACAUGUGGGCUUCCCUGGUGGCGCAGUGGUUGAGCGUCCACUUGCCGAUGCAGGGGACAUGGGUUCAUGCUCCGGUCCUGGAAGAUCCCACAUGCUGUGGAGCGGCUAGGCCGGUGAGCCAUGGCCGCAGGGCCUGCACGUCUGGAGCCUGUGCUCCACAACGGGAGAGGCCACGACAGUGAGAGGCCCGCAUACCGCAAAAAAAAAAAAAAAAAAAAGACACAUGCACGCCAAUGUUCAUUGCAGCACUAUUUACAAUAGCCAGCUCAUGGAAGCAACAUAAAUGCCCAUCAACAGAUGAAUGGAUAAAGAAGAUUUUGUACAUAUAUACAAUGGAAUGUUACUGAGCCAUAAAAUGGAAUGAAAUUGGGUCAUUUGUUGAGACGUGGAUGUAUCUCAAGACUGUCAUACAGAGUGAAGUUAAGUCAGCAAACAAAGAAAACAUGGUGUUUUGAAGUAUGAUUAAACUCCUGAUGCUGCAGCAGAGGCUAAGACUAUUAAUGGCCAGAUCUAGUGCUCACAUGGUCUUCUGAAGAAGCCAUGGGUAGCUGUUGUAGCUGUCCAGAUAAAGACACUGUCCCAGAUAACCAUCGGAACAAGUUUAAGGUCAUUAAUGUGGAUGAUGAUGGGAAUGAGUUAGGUUCUGGCAUAAUGGAACUUACAGACACGGAACUGAUUUUAUACACUCGCAAACGUGACUCGGUAAAAUGGCACUACCUCUGCCUCCGACGCUAUGGCUAUGAUUCGAAUCUCUUUUCUUUUGAAAGUGGUCGAAGGUGUCAAACUGGACAAGGAAUCUUUGCCUUUAAGUGUGCUCGUGCAGAAGAAUUAUUUAAUAUGUUGCAAGAGAUUAUGCAGAAUAAUAGUAUAAAUGUAGUGGAGGAGCCAGUUGUUGAAAGGAAUAAUCAUCAGACAGAAUUGGAAGUCCCCAGAACACCUCGAACACCUACAACUCCAGGGUUUGCUGCUCAGAACUUACCUAAUGGAUAUCCCCGAUACCCCUCAUUUGGAGACGCUUCAUCCCAUCCUUCAAGCAGACAUCCUUCUGUGGGAAGUGCACGCCUGCCUUCAGUAGGUGAAGAGUCUACACAUCCCUUGCUUGUGGCUGAGGAACAAGUACAUACCUAUGUCAACACUACAGGUGUACAAGAAGAACGGAAAAACCGUGCAAGUGUGCAUGUCCCAUUGGAGGCGAGGGUUUCUAAUGCUGAAAGCAACACACCAAAAGAAGAACCAAGUAAUAUUGAGGACAGGGACCCUCAGAUUCUUCUUGAACCUGAAGGAGUCAAGUUUGUCUUAGGACCAACCCCAGUUCAAAAGCAAUUAAUGGAAAAAGAGAAACUGGAACAACUUGGAAGAGAUCAAGUCAGUGGAAGUGGUGCGAAUAACAUGGAAUGGGACACUGGCUAUGACAGUGAUGAACGAAGAGACGCGCCCUCUGUUAACAAACUGGUGUAUGAAAAUCUAAAUGGGCUAUCUCUCCCCAGUGCGUCAGGGCUCAGGAGAGGUCGUCUGCCGUCCACCAGUACCUCAGAUACCCAGAAUAUCAACAACUCAGCUCAGAGAAGAACUGCAUUGUUAAACUACGAAAAUCUACCAUCUUUGCCUCCUGUUUGGGAAGCCCGCAAGCUAAGUAGGGAUGAAGAUGACAAUUUAGGACCAAAGACCCCAUCUCUAAAUGGCUACCAUAAUAAUCUUGAUCCAAUGCAUAACUAUGUAAAUACAGAGAAUGUAACAGUGCCGGCAAGUGCUCACAAAAUAGAAUAUUCAAGGCGUCGGGACUGUACACCGACAGUCUUUAACUUUGAUAUCAGACGCCCAAGUUUAGAACACAGGCAGCUCAAUUACAUACAGGUUGACUUGGAAGGUGGCAGUGACUCUGACAACCCUCAGACUCCAAAAACGCCUACCACUCCCCUUCCACAGACCCCUACCAGACGCACAGAGCUGUAUGCUGUGAUAGACAUCGAGAGAACUGCUGCUAUGUCAAAUCUGCAGAAAGCACUGCCGCGAGACGAUGGUACAUCUAGGAAAACUAGACACAAUAGUACUGAUCUGCCCAUGUGAGCCCAGAAACCAUUACAUUGUUUGCACCUUUGUGAAGUUUUAAAAAAUGAAGAUGCAAGUGCUUCAUUUUUAUUUCUAAACACUAACUCCUUUUAUAGACUGAUAAAAAAUUUUUUUCUGACUAUUUCAUGUGCUUCUUUAAAGGGAAAUUAAAAUGUAGAGCAGGUACUCAUAAAAGAACACUAAUUUCAUUCUAUACUACUCAUUACUGUACAGCAGCAUUCCCAUUUUCACAGUGCCUAUUUAAAAUGAGAAUUGAAGUGAGUGACAUGCUGGUCAAUUUUUAUUAAGAUUCUGGACUCAUGCAUAUCAUUCACGUCUAAGUCAUGGUUGGCAUUUAAAGCAUAUUAUAAAGCCUCUUGAUAAUGUGCAUUGCUAACAGAUAACUCUAGGCUUUGAAAGUACUAUUUGUAGAUUUACUAUUCAUGGUAUGUGACCUCCAGCAUGUAACAUGAGGAAUCCUUUAUUUCAUUAAUUGUAGGCUUUUUGACUUGAGCCAGGACAUAUGUAUGGAAAUAGAAGUACCACACCUCCUAUGUACCAGUCAGUUCCUUAGCCUUCAGCGUUUCUAGAAAGAGCCCUACGUUCGUGAACAUGGUUUGCUGUUGGUGUGUUGAAAGGCAGGAAAGAGACGAGGUUUUCUCUUUACUCAUCUCAUGGUGUCAUUUGAAAGGCAUGCCCAGAUAUCUUAGUCAGAAUUACACAUAGGCUCAAGAAUCAGUCUCAGGUCACUUUAUCCAAAAACAUUUGAAAAUCUGAACCAUGAUCUCUUGAAAGUUUCUCUCCUACAGAUUAUUAACAGUAACAUUGUUUUCUGGAGGCAUUUGUGCCAUUAGAUUGCCAUUUACCUUCAAGUUUUUCCUUUGGUGUUUGGGAUGUCUAAUUUUGUUGCUUCAUGUCUUUUUCAAUUUAGGAUGUUUGAGUUUGUAUAUAGUUUUGAAAUUGGAUUAUGUGUUCAUUUUUGUUUAGUUUGCAUUUUUGUCAAAUUGUGGUUUUGAAGGUUCAUUUGGAACUUACUGUUAUUCUAUAACAGGGUUGCCCUUGCCCAGUAUUUAUUUAUAUGCCGUUUACUUUUCAAGUUGAUAAAAGCAUUCUCACAAUUUUAAAUUUCACUUGUGUUCAUAGGUGAUCUCUUAAGCAGCUGAGAAGAAAAAAAAAAAGGAAGCUACUUUUAACAUGCAAAUUUCCCUAAAGGUACUGUGUUUUCUCUGUGGGCACUCUCCCAGCACUUUAGCAGUGAUCCCCUCAGUCACACGGCUGCAGCUGUACUUUGCCCACUGUCGUGCUCCUCAGCUCUGCUGUCCUUUCACUCAUAGCUGGAUCUUGGGUUAUCCCUUGAUUUUAAUAGAAUGUUAAAAUUGUUGCCAGCAUAGCAGGUACAGUGGAAGUCUUAUAGCAAUGACAUUGUGUCAUAAUUUAGGAUUGAAAAUGAAUUGAAGUUUAUAUAAACUGAUGAGAGUCCAUAUGUCUAGCUCUUGGAAAAUCAAGAAGUUUCCAGUUUCCCAAAUCCUAGAGAAGAUAAGAGCAGGUAGAGUGGAAAGAAGGUUAGAUAUCCUUGCAAAAUACGUCGCUGUCUCCUCUAAAUAUGAGGAAAUUUGAGAUUUUGGUCUGGAUCUACCAGAUGUAACUAAGGUUAAUUUAGCAUGAAAAAUUUCAGUCAUAUAGCAUCCAAUCUGUUCCAUAAAUGACCUAAUUAUAGGACAGUGAAUGGAUUAGCAAAAUAAUAGGGUGGGACCAUUAUAAAGAAAAUAAAUUAUUAAAGAUGUCUUUAUCAUUUUUAGUGCCACUGGUUUAUGUGCAUAGCAGAAUCUUCUUUCUUUUCUGUGAAUUUGGUGCUUACCAAAGUGUUCACUGUUCUCUAAAAAGAGAGCAGUGGUAUAGGUAUGCAGUUUCCAUUUUAAUGUAUUGUUCCAUUUAUGCUUUAUUCUGAGUAGAUUGCUAAUUGUGCCAAAUUUAUGUGAUGAUUUUUGUAAUGUGGAAUAAGAGUUAUGAUGGAACCAGUGCACAUGGUUUUCUCCGAAACAAGCAGUCAAGACAGAACGUUAACCUCCAAACAAAAGGGCUGACCUAUUUACUCAUUUUGGAGGUUGGAUACUUUCUUUUCUUACUUUUCCUCAGCCUUUUCAUUUUUCCUUCCAGAUUCUGAUUAGUUUUUAUAUUUUUUAAGCAACUAUAAUAUAACCAUUGCAAUUUAUUCUUUCAAUACUGUGUGCUUUAAAAAUGAAAAUGGGACCAAUUUGUCUGCUAAGAAUUUGAGUUUUAGGUACUACGAGUAUUAGGGAAGAUGUAUACAACUGGUAUUAAUUUCUAAAUGUCUCUGGAAAUCACCUGUGUUCCUAUUUAAUUAAAAAUAACAUAGAACACUAUUUGUCCUCUGCAGUAGUCUAGUAAUGGGCAUUAAGCUCUGUCCUGGAAGAAUUGUACCAAUUACUGGGUGCAUUUUAGAAUGAGAUAUUUUAUUGGGAUAUAAUUGUGGCCAUAUGUUUCAGAUUUUCUGAGACAGACCUAAUUUUAGAUAUUCUGUUCUGUUGAUAGAUCACGUGAUCCCACUUUUUGGUUUUGGAAAUAUAGUCAUUGAUCAUAUGCUUUUCCCCUAAUAGAAUCCUGUUUUAUCCAUAUAGAUCGUAACAGCUUUUAUCCCAGACCAGGGCUGGAAACUGAUAUGGGUAUUACAUGUGUUUUUUCUUAGUGUGUUUUAUUUCCCAGGUUCAUCUUCCUUUCAAAAUGAAAAUAUGGUGCCUUCCCUCCCUCCAGGAAGAUUGGCAAAUAGUUCCUUUUAUUUACUGCUGCUGUGGAGUGAUGAGAUAUGCACUUUACUUUUGAAGACUCAGCAAAAAGCUUUUCACUUCUCAGUAUAUCCAGAAUAGAUCACAUUUUGGACUUCAGAAAAUUUGCCAAGCAGUCUUUGUUUUUACAGAUAUUAAUGUUGACCCCACAGUUCAGUGUUGUGAGUCAAGCUAGUGUUUGUGUAUCCCUCCCCCACCAAAAAAAAUCCGUGGCGCAAAGUAUAAAAAUGUACCUCAAUAAUGUUCUAUUAAAAAUGGGACAGGGGCCUUAUGUUUUCAUAAUUUCCCAAUAAUGUGCCACCAUAUUUUUGCCUCAAGGUAAAGGUCUUAACAAGCUAAAAAAUACAUCCCAUUUCCCCUUGUGCUGUUCCUAACCCAUAAUGUCCAAGUGUUUUGUGCAAUGUGUAGUGUGUGUGUAUAAAUAUAUAUAUGUAUAUUUGUAUAUACAUAUAUAUAUAUCUAUAUAUAUAUAUAUCCUUGAAAUAGACAUACCAUCAGAGACAACAUUCAGAAGUAACUGAUGUAUUGGCAUCUCUUUCUAAUCUCUGAUAUGUGAGGUAUAUGGUACUAAAUUACCUUUUCCCUGAUGUUUGCCAAAUUUGAAUAAAGGCAUUGGUACAAAAUCACAGAAUGUAUAGGAAAUGUUUUUGGCUUGAAAAAUUAACAAAUAUUUUAUGACAUACCACAAUAUACUCUGCCCAAACCAGCACCCUAUUUUUCCUGUUCUUUACGUCCCUUUUCCCCAUCCCUACAUCCUCUUUUUUUUCUUUUUUGGUGUAACACAAUUCUUUUGUAGCAUCAUUACAAUUGCAGUUCUAUGACAAUUGGACAAUAGCAGCAUGGAAACGGACUGGCAUUAAUAGUACAGUAGUCACCAGUGUGCCACAUUUGCAUUGGUAAAUGCAAAAUACACAUUUUAUAAAGGACAAAUUUUGUGUUAUGUUUUUAUUUUUAUUACAUUGUAUAAUAUUGUAAGAUUAUGUAUGUCCUAAUUUGCAUUAUAAAUGUUUUUUUCCUACGUAAAGGCAUAAAUAUAGCAACUUUGUAUAAAGGUAGCUUAUUAGAUUUUUAAUUUUGUCUUUUAUAAAAAAUUGUCUAACAGUGGGACUAAAAAAUUGUCUAACAUUGCCAAAUUGUAAAUGAAAUAUGAAUUUUACCCCCUAUAGUUAAUUUCGUUUAUAAGCAUUCCAUAUUUCUCUAAUAAAAGACAUAAGUGAUACAGUACUAUGCAUAAAUUGUAUUUUAAUGCUGUUUCAUAUCAGCAUUUUAAAUUUUGGUUUGCAUUUUUAAUAUUGGCAAAAUUUACCACUGUUGAUUAAACCUUGUUGUAUAUGUAACAACAUCUUUUGCCCUCUAGCCCUCCCCACCCUUGUUCUCUAUUUCUCCCUGUCAGUGCCAACUUCAUACAUUUUGUAGCAUGGCAAUAAAAUAUAACUUUUACACUGAG